AUGGUCAUAGGCGGCUGUUCUACCGCUCUCUGGGAUACCUACGGCCGGAAUACGUUUGCCAAGUUGAAAAGGAAUCUCCGAGGACGAAAACGGCCGUCGGACGUUGUUGCCGAAGAAAGCGUAAUUCCAAUGACCAUACCACUCCAGCAACCAUCAUCGACAACGAGCCUACAAAGGCGUACCGUUACGUCGAGAGGCGAUGAUACCCAGGGACACACUCCCGGCACGGAUGGCGUCUCCGCCACUGAGUCGAUUGGAAGCACAAUCCACCGUGUUGACACACAUUCUCACUCGCUCCCAUUGAAAUGGGGAAUCUUAAUCAUUGUAGCUUUCUUCGCCUCCUUUAUUGCCAUUAUGGUUGCACGAGGGACUCUUGAUAACCCGCCGCUUGAGCUGAACUUGUUUACGAACAUGUACCUGGCUGGAACCAUUAUCUUUGGUGGCGGUCCUGUCGUCAUUCCCCUCCUGCGCGAGUAUGUUGUUGAACCUGGAUGGGUCACUUCCCGGGAUUUCCUCAUUGGUUUGGCACUCAUUCAGGCAUUUCCCGGACCAAACUUCAAUUUUGCGGUGUUUCUGGGUGCUUUGGCGAUGACAGCUACCAAAUCGCCAACAGUAGUUGGAUCCAUAUUAGGAUACGUUGGAAUCUUCUUGCCUGGUCUGAUGCUGGCUGUUGGUUUCCAGAGCUGCUGGAGGGUCAUGAGAAAGUAUCAAGUUACGACCAGUAUACUUCGAGGCAUGAAUUCAACGGCUGUGGGCCUUGUUUUCACGGCCGUUUACCGGCUAUGGGAAAUUGGAUAUUUGAGCUCUGAUGCCUCCAACGGACAAAGCUUGGGAAAGGAGCCGUUUUGGUUGGUUGUGGCGGCAUUAGCGUAUGCCGAGAAUGCCUGGUUCAGCGUACCUCCCGCCAUAGCCAUUAUCUUUGGCGGAAUCCUGGACCCGCCCUCAACAAGCGAUGAUCACCUGACUGCGCGAGCCCUAAUUGCUUGUUCCGCCAACGAUCAAUACACGCCGCCAACCGAGUUCUCCUCCAGGAACACACAUCAACACCAGUCCAAAAUGGGUCGUCUUCACAGCAAGGGCAAGGGUAUCUCCUCCUCUGCCAUCCCAUACUCGCGCAACCCACCCGCGUGGCUCAAGACCACCCCCGACCAGGUCGUUGAUCAGAUUUGCAAGUUGGCAAAGAAGGGUGCUACUCCUUCUCAGAUCGGUGUUGUCCUCCGCGACAGCCAUGGUAUUGCUCAGGUGAAGGUUGUGACUGGUAACAAGAUUCUCCGUAUCUUGAAAUCGAACGAGGACCUCUACAUGUUGAUCAAGAAGGCUGUUUCCGUCCGCAAGCACCUUGAGCGCAACCGCAAGGACAAGGACAGCAAAUUCCGCCUCAUUCUCAUCGAGUCCCGUAUCCACCGCCUCUCUCGCUACUACAAGACCGUCGGUGUUCUUCCACCAACUUGGAGAUACGAGAGUGCCACCGCUUCCACCCUCGUCGCAUAA